AUGGUAAACAUUGGGAUUCCCAAGAACUAUACUGCGUCUCCUACGGAUUUGCACGCGUCGGCGUCUUUGACCAGCCGCUCCAUCAAUCAUGAGGCUAUCACCGAUCUAGAUUCGAGCAAUGCCUUUGAAGGCCCCGAGAAAUUGCUUGAGGUCUGGUUCGCGCCCUCGCCAAAUGACCUACUCGAUUGCACUGAGCCUAAGGGCCUGAAGGCUGUCCCAGCCGAGGUCUGGAAGACCAUGCUCGAUCUUGUCCACUGCCAGGUUCUGUCAAUCGUCGAAAGCGAGGAUGUCGAUGCUUACCUCCUGUCGGAAUCAAGCAUGUUCGUCUUUCCCCAUAAGCUCAUCUUGAAGACAUGUGGGACCACCACCUUGCUGUGUGGCUUGCCACGCAUCUUAGAGAUUGCCACAUUGUUCGGCGGCUUUCCUCGCAACACCGCACCCCCCAAUCCGGGAAUUCUGGUUGCUGCUGCUCCCUAUCGCGUCUUUUACAGCCGCAAGAACUUCUUGUUCCCUGAUCGCCAGAAGGGUCCUCAUCGCAGCUGGAGGGACGAGGUCCACACUCUCGACAAGUUGUUCCUUCAUGGCAGCGCCUACAUGAUUGGCAAAAUGAAUGGUGACCACUGGUAUCUGUACCUCACCGAACCAUUCACCAUGCUCACUCCUCCGGCCAGUCCCCAGAGUAUGGACAGCCCCGGUACCGAAACGAAAGUCAUCGAUCUGCCGUCUUCGCUUGUUACAGAUCGUGCGGCCAAGGUGUGCGAGGGAGAAGAUGAGACUCUGGAAGUCCUGAUGACAGACCUUGACGAGGAUAACGCCAAGCAGUUCUACCUCGAAAACGCGAGUGCGGUCGCGGCUGAGAG